UGGUCCGGAAUCCGGCACCACGUUCUUGCAAAAGCGCACAUAAUCCGCGUUCCAAAUUACGAGUAAAGAUCGAACAUCAGCGAGUUGUUCGCAGUGUCCCAAAAACAAGCACCAACGGCUCAACGUACCUCGCAACGGCACUGCAAAACCUGAUGAUUUAUCGCAGUGACAAGAAGCAAGGGUCAGCUACUACGGGUAUUGAGCUCGCCUUCGGUCACACACCGUCAGCCAUGCGCUGAU